UUCAUGUAGGUAGUCAGCAACGUUUACACUGUUGGUUGUAGUGUUUCACCCAUGGCCAGGGCAAAAGCUUGGCGAUUUCGUUCAUCGAUUGAGACGUGAGGUUGUAUAUAAUUUUAUUUGGUAGAUCGCAUCGUCGCCCUAUUACACCAAUAUUAUACGUGGCGUUUUGACAGCUCAUUCUGCGAAACUUAGAGGAAACUGAUUUAGAACAUAAGAUAAAACUUAAUUACCCGUGAUAUUUUGACAGGUGUUUGAGUGAUGGAUAAAGCAAACAAAGGGCAACAUUUAAAAUUCAUGGAAAAUUUUGAUCCAGAGCAAAGUAACAGAGAGAAAAGAAAAUUGACGAGGAAGAUAUACACCGGCAG